AUGUGGUUCGCCAACGAUUUGUUUUCGAGUGGCGAAAAGAAGACCACCGCGUCGACGGCGGCUGAUUUAGAUAGCGACGACGACGAAGAGGAGCCACCGAAAGCAAAACCCAUAACGAACAAAAAGAAGAAGGCGGCGAAGACCAAGGCGGCGGUUGAAGACGCCGAAGAGGAAAACUUUGACGAUCUUCGCGCCAAGGCAAAGGCGACCAAGGCUAAGGAGGAAGCCAAGACGAAAAAGAGCAAGGUCGCCAAGGGAUCUGUCAAGCGAGACGAUACGUACGACGACGUCUCCGACGAUGAGCGUCCUCUUAAAGGGAAAUCUGGCGCGGACGAUCUGGAGGUUGUCCCCGAAGAUGCGCCCGAUUCGGGGAGCGACUCUGACGGGAGCAAGUACGGUUACGAUUCCGAAGUCGACGAGCUUUCUGACGACACUCGCGCCCGGAUCUUGGCUCUCGGGAAG